AUGCCCGAACCCCGCUUCUCCGAUCUGAUCCUCCCUCAAAAUGAACAACUCUCCAUGUCCCAACUCAUGGCGUCUUUCAAACGCACCACACUUACAAUCCACAACCGUCUGACUAGCAUCCAAACUGACGCUGACUUUGUGGAUGCGGUGUCUCAAGCAUAUAGCCCCCGAACCCUUGUGGCUAAUGAACGUUGUGGAAGUUGGUAUAUUCCGCCUGAGCGUAAAGGUGCAAGUGCGUAUUUUAAGAGUACAGAUGGCCAUGAGAGGGCGUGGAAGUUUAGCACCAGACGGUUGAACUUGCAUUUGGUGGAGAUUAUUGAGAAUAACGAUGGUAUCAUAAUCGUCGACUCUACUCGCCGUGGAAAGAGGAUGCCUGAUGCCCUUUCAUCGACAAUUCCUAUCUGGUGCACAGUCCUCAACCUCACUCUUCUCCCCUCAAACCCAUCCUCAGCAAAUCUCUAUCUGCCAGCUCAUCUCCCCGCAACAACACACUCCCAAAUAUGCGCACUCAUCCCUGAAUUCGUUGCUUCCUUCAAGGCACUCAAUCUCAAUCUUCCAACAUGUCUGACAAAACCACUCCGCCCAUUCUGGGUAACCCCAGACUCAUCUCUUCCCUCUGUCCAAGACACAUCCUCCAUAUUUGAAGACUUCCGCCCUGUCAUCUGCUGCACGGCUAGUCGCCGAGUUAUAGGCAGCGAGAUGGAUGAGGGAGGAUACAUUCAAGGUGCGGCUGACGAUACUGAGAUGUGGGCGCAUGAUCUUACGGCGCCUUUGUUUUGGGAGAAUAUUGAUGAGCUUCUCAAGACGCCAGAGGCUGAACUGCCAAAUCUGAUCUCCAGACUAGUCAGCGACCAUGCUGCUAGCAAGAAGAACGAAGGAACACAGAUAGAGCUGACACCACACCUUUCAGUUUGCCCUCUGCCACUUCACGCUAGCCCCUCAGAAUGUCGAAUUGCAGUAACUCAAGACACGACACCAAAGGACAACUGGAUAAAGUCCAAGACUUACAUGCAAGCCGGCCUUGGCAAGAACAAGCUGGCUAGUCGCAACCUUCGCACUUCUCUACCUGAAAUAUGCGACUUUGCUGCUAAAUAUCUUGCCUCGGCCACAGAGCCUGAUCAGCAACGGAUUGUGAUGGCAUGUGAAUCAGGGCGAGAUCUAUCAGUCGGAGUGGCCCUCGCGAUAUCAUGCUACCUAUUUGAUGAUGACGGGAACAUCAGAAAAUCAACAGAAGACAUAUCAUUUACAAAGACUUUCAUAAAGUCGAGAUUGGGUGUCAUUAUGACAGCUUACCCAGGCGCCAAUCCUAGCCGGGCCACUCUACAGAGUGUCAAUAGCUUUUUGAUGGACUGGCGAAAAUGA